AUGCCCGACGCGUCCCUCUCAAAGGAGGAGCGCAAGGCCCGCAAGAGACACUUCAAGUCCACAAAGAACAGACCAGCACACAUUGACGACACCUGGUCUCCCUUCCGUGCAGCAGAGAAAAAGUACAAGGCACGCUAUCCACCACUUGACCUCUCAGACGUUCUCGAUCUCUCUUCCGAUGCCGAGGCCCACGACUACACAUGGCACGGUCGACCAGAUGCCGUACAUGUCCACGACAUCUCUACCACAGACACCAGAAUCGUGACCGUGCCGAGUAUACCGGGCCUUGUAGUCCUACCAUCCUUCCUCUCUCCCCAGAAGCAACGCGCUCUAGUCCGCUGGGCUCUUCGGGACCACGCCCGUCCACCAAACGAGACAAAUCUCGACACCCACUACGUCCUCCCCUCCGAUGGCCUAUGGACCGCUCACCUAUCCCCUUCACAUCCCCUCAUCGACCCGCGUCCCCCGCCCCCAGACGCGGAACCCACUCCUGCCGGUCCACGAACGCUCAUAGCCAACACACCCGCCACAGUCACCAACGUCUCAGAGAUCGCCGCUCUCCCAAAGCCUCCUACUGCGCCAGCGACCACUGCGUCCCCGGCUUCACCAGAUGUGCUCUUACCCCGCCUGCGCUGGGCCAACAUCGGCUGGUUCUACCAUUGGGGAACCAAGCAGUAUGACUUUACGCGGGGUAAAGUCGCCGUUGAUCCUCGAAUAAAACAAGUUUGCCGUCAAGCAGUUGCGUCCGUCGACUGGUCUGCUGUGUUUGGUGCAAGCACAAUGGAGAACGAUAAAGGCUGGGGCGACGAUGACUGGCGACAGUGGGGCGAUACGUACGAACCAGACGCAGGCAUCGUCAAUUUCUAUCAGACCAAGGACACCCUCAUGGCCCACGUGGACCGCUCCGAAGUAUGCGCAACGUCGCCGCUCGUCUCAAUCAGCAUCGGAAAUGCCGCCAUCUUCCUCAUAGGCGGGCAGACGCGCGACGAGCCCCCUGUACCGAUCCUGCUGCACUCGGGCGACGUGGUCAUGAUGGCGGGCCCUUACUGCAGGCGUGCAUACCACGGUGUGCCCCGCAUCCUCGCCAACAGUCUUCCGCGACAUCUUGUAGAUGGACCAUGUCCCCAGGAUGGAAACAUCGACGACGACGAGGUGGAGGAGGAGAACGACUGGGCUCCGUACGCUGCGUAUUUACGAAACGCGAGGAUCAAUGUCAACGUGCGCCAAGUGUUUCCACGUGGAUUCGACCCCUCGAAAGAAGACAACCAUACCUGCUAAUAUCUAAGUCUUGGGAUAACUUGCUG